AUGGGUCGUUCCGUUCAAGCCGUCCAGAAGGAGUGUGACAAGGCAGCUCAAAUCCUCAAUAGUUUCGUCAGCAAGGAGAAGAUCCCGAAGGUGGUCAUGUCGAACGCGAAAGGCGUCGCCAUCUUCUCCUCCGUCCGUGCCGGCUUCGGGCUCUCCGGCUCCGUCGGCUCUGGCGUCGUCCUGGCCCGCCUCCCGGACGGAUCGUGGUCGCCGCCGUCGGCAUUCAGCGUGCGGUCGGGCGGCGUGGGAUUCGUGGCGGGCAUCGACAUGUACGAGUGCGUGUGCGUCCUCAACACCGAGGACGCGGUGAAGCUCUUCUCCGGCAACGAGUUGAAGCUCGGCGGCGAGAUUGCCCUCUCGGUGGGGCCCAUUGGAGGAACUGCUGACAUGAAGCCGGUAUGGACGUAUACCAAGUCGAACGGUCUCUACGGCUCGGUCGCGCUGGAUGGAACGAGCAUCAAGCAGAAGACUGAGGACAACGAUGUUUUCUACGGCGCGAGACCGACGACGGCGCAGAUCCUGAAGGGGGAUGUCCAGCGUCAGGUGGGAGAUCACUUGUGGCCUGCGGGCGCGGAUCAGCUGAUGGGGGUCCUGAGGCUGGCAGAGGGUAAAAGCGCAACCUCGACCGCGAGUGCUGAGCCAGCACCAGCAGCCGAAUAG